CAAAUAUUAAUUAAAACUGAUUAGAUAUCCUUAUUUGAAAUGGUUAGUAAUAGUAAAGUCCAAAGACUAAAUAAGCGAUCAUUACAUCUCACGCCUAGUGUUCAUUGUUUUAUUUAUAGUUUUGCAGAGAACACUUCCAUGCUAUAUAUGUACGUAUAUAAUGAUCAUGUCGAAAGUCGACGUAUAUGAUGGGAAAUGCUCAGUCCUCUCCGAAACGCCAAAUGACCAACAACGCCCGCAUCGAAAACACAUCCUCGGAGGGACAUGAAGGGGAUGCCACCUGUGUGGCGUAUUUCAAUAAGCAAGUGUUCUCCGGAGGCGCCGACGGUAAAAUUCGAAUCUGGUCACCGGAACUGCAACUCUUGGCUACUGUGAACGCUCACAAGGCUUACAUAUACUGCAUAGCCAUAAAUCAGCACGGAAAGGUAUACUCGAGCAGCUGCGAUGGUCAGGUUCACUUUAUGCUACCUCCUUAUGGAGACGAGUCCGUAGAGGAGCUAUUCCGCUGUGACGACGCUAUCCAGGCGAUGUACUGCGACGGAUCCGUGCUUUAUACGGGAGAUGACAAAGGCGUGGUGACCACCUGGAGCAACGAUCGCAUGCUUUUCAAGUACAAUUUGGUAGAGGAAGUUAAAUCGCUGGCGGGCGAGCAAAAGCUCAUUUACACGGUUCGGGAUCUUGACGUGGUAGUAUCCCAGGUGGCGGAGGGGAAGUCCGGAAAAUACAGCAACAAGGCGGUAAUCGCAGGCAAGUCGCCGCUCCGUCUUCUAGGCCCAUUAGUAGAUGGAAAACGCAGCUACCUCGCAUUUCCCGAUCGUUCUGGAAUGGGUCUACAACUGGUUAGCAAUCUCCCCCAACAGCAGUAUACCCAACUUUGGCACGUUCCAGACUGUCACGAGUGGAUCGUAAAUGCAAUAUGCGGGGAUGAGACUUAUAUGUACUCUGGUGGCUAUGACAAAAAGGUUAAGGCAUGGACCGAUUUGGGAUUAGUGCAGCCAAGAGCCCUGGGUGAGGUGGAUGUGGGAAGCUGGGUAAACAGUAUAUGCUGUGGUGACAACAAGGUGGUUUAUAUAGCAAGCAGCGGUGGAUACAUACGUAGUGCAAAGUUUGUAUAGUUAUCUCACAAAAUAGAAAAACAAAAUUUAUUAACA